GUACUGCACACGUAAUAUUACAAACUUAAAAGAAACCAAGAUAUUUCCAGUACUUUGUGAAAUGAACUUCAAUGGUGAUUAUUAUUAUAAGUUUAAUCGUAUUUUUUUGUCAGCUAUUGGUCUAUGGCCGCAUCGUUAUAUUACAUUGCGGCAAAUUCAAGGCAUCAUAUCAUCGUUUAUUUUGAUAUCAGUAACAAUUCCUCAGUUAAUAAAAUUGAUCACAACAAAAUAUGAUGCGGAUAUCAUUUUAAGAGUUCUAUCAUCUGCCUUACCAUUCAUGUUAUUUAUUGUAAAAUACGUUACUUUUUAUUUCGUCACUGACGAUAUAAAAGAAUUAAUGCAACAAAUUCAGAAUGAUUGGAAUACCUUGAAAGAUAAUAAUGAACGGGAAAUAAUUCAUCGAUACGCAAAAGCCGCAAAAUUAUGUACUACAUCUUUAGCAACAUUGAUUUACGUAUGUAUAACCAUGGUUAUUUGCAUUCAGUAUGUGCCAAGUUUUCUCAACAUCUUAGUGCCACGAAACAAAUCUCAGCGAGUCGAAUUAUUAUUUCAAGUCGAAUAUUUCAUUGAUCAAGAAAAAUAUUAUCACACAAUCCAAUUUCAUUUAGAUAUAGGGUUAAUACUCGCUGCGAUAACGAUUCUAUCUACUGAGUCAUUUUGUUUAUCACUUGCCAUACACGCAUUUGGGAUGUUUAAAAUAGCUAGUUAUCGCAUGGAAUAUAUAAUCGAUGAAAAUGUAUCAAAUAUAUUCAUAAUUUUUCCAAGUAAUCAGAUCGAAUGUAAUAAGUGA